AUGCUUCAGUCAGGACCUCACCCUGCCGUAGUGAUAUGGGAAGCAACAAGUUUGGCUCUGAAAUACGAAUUGAAGAGUCAUCAACACGGCUUAGCAUGCAUUGCCUUUUCACCUGAUGGCAAACACCUUACUUCUGUUGGAUAUCCUCAUGAUGGAUAUAUUUGCCUCUGGGAUUUUCAAAGUCAGUCUUUAAUUACAAAAUGCAAGGGGUGCACACCAAGUUCUGCUGUUGCAUCUGUUAGCUUCUCAGCAGAUGGAAGAUUCUUUAUCACUGCAGGAAAGAAGCACCUGAAGUUCUGGAAAUUGGGAUUAUCUACCAGAUCUCGUAUGAUAGCUAGAACAGCAUCAGGAGCAACUGGAAAGCAAGCUAAUCUUGGUCAUCAUAAAGGAUGCUUGUUCAUAGCUGUUGCAUCUCUUAUGUGGAGUGAGAAUAGACUCCUAGAUCACAUUCAAACUGGUGAAGCUUUGCAUGUUUAUGCGCUGACAGAUGAAGGGGUUUUGUGCCUUCUAAACUCGGAGAUGGCUAUUGCAAAUUCUGUUGAAUUACAGGUUGAGAAAGGCUUCGGACUAUCUGUAUCCAGAAAGUUGGUUGCUUGCGCAUGCAAUAAUGGACAAGUUAAACUUUUUUCUUCAAACUCUCUUUCAUAUUCUGGAAGCUUAUACUAUCCGGAAAGCAGAUGCAGUAAAGGAAGUGUUGCAGAUCUCCAUGUAAUGAUUGGUAAAAAUGGAAACGAGCAGUUGCAGAGUCUACCUAAUGCAAUUGCUUGUCAAUUUUCAACAUUGCAAAAACUUGUUGUGAUAUAUGAUGAUCGGAGCCUUUUCAUAUGGGACGUUCAGGAUGUUGACAAGGCCAGCAGGUGCGCUGUGCUAGUUUCACAUAGUGCUUGCAUAUGGGACAUCAAAAAUUUUUCAUGUGAACACAUGCAUGACCCCUCCAAAGCAUGUGUUGCUAAAGGAUGUUCUGGUGGAGUUUCUUUUGCGACAUGCUCAGCUGAUGGCAGCAUCAGGUUGUGGGAUCUUGAACAAUCUAGUAGCUUGUCUCUUCCAACAGAAGACAAAUCUAUGAGUACCCUUUCAGCCGGCCCAACACAUUUAGGUGUGCCAUCCUUCCUCAAGAUACCAGAAAGUGCUCUUUUUAUACUUGAUCUUUGCUAA